AUGAUCCAUAUAGGUACAUCCGGAUGUGGAAAAUCAACAAUUAUUCAACUAUUGGAACGAUUCUAUGAUGUUACAAGUCGUGGAAUACUUAUUGAUGACAUUGAUAUUCGACACUUAAAUCUUCAUUGGAUUCGUUCUCAAUUCGGUCUUAUCAGUCAAGAACCAAUUUUGUUUGAUUUAACAAUUGCUGAAAAUAUUGCAUACGGUUUAGAAAAUGUUCCAAUGGAAGACAUUAUCAAUGCAACAAGAAAAGCUAAUAUUCAUCAAUUUAUUGAACAAUUACCUCAGGGUUAUGAAACAAAAGUAGGAAUGAAAGGCAGUUUUCUGUCAGGUGGUGAAAAGCAACGUAUUGCUAUUGCUCGAAUUCUUCUUCGUCAACCUAAAGUAUUGCUCUUAGAUGAAGUUACAAGUGCCAUGGAUUCACACAAUGAACAAAUUGUACAAAAAGCUCUUGAAGAAGUUCAAACAGUAGAUUCUAGUCAAACAUUACUCAUUAUUGCUCAUCGUCUUUCAACUAUUCGCUCAUGUGAUUUGAUUUGUGUACUUGAUAGAGGACGUAUAAUGGAGAGUGGUACUCAUACAGAACUGAUACAGCGACGUGGUGCUUAUCAUAGAAUGCUUCUUCGAAACAAUUUACAAUGA